AGGCUGCUGUUUACAUGACGGAAGAAGUGGCCAAACUGUUAGACUUCUGUCCUUAUUUCUGUGGUGUUGUUUAUUUAAGUGUUUGUUUUUUUUUCCGUAAUGUCUCCUUAAGUGUCCUCUGAACCCUCAGACCGGAUCAUCAUGUUGGGUUCGGCUCCUCUCAGUACCUCCAUAGAGGUGGCCGUGGUCCCGCAGAACCAGCUCUGGGGCCAGACAGUGGACCUCCAGAAGGCUGAGCUGGCUCCUGGAGGCUCCCUGCUCGGCUGUCUGGGACCCAGUGGGCGGCUGGUGGUGUGGGACCCCACGGACACACAGGCCUGUCCGGCUCCACUGGAUGGAUCCUACACAGAUUUUUUGUGGGAGGAGGAGGCCGUCCACAGUCGGGGCUCAGCCAGCAGCAUCAGACUUCUGGUUGUUGGAUCUCAGUGGGACCUGAAACUGUUGGAAGUAGAAACAGAACGUUCAGCUUCUGUUUCACUGCUCUGUGUUUCUGAAUGUUCUGCAGACCACCUGCUGCAGAUUGUCAAACAGCAGGACAACAGUGUGACUGAGCUGCAGACGGUCCGGUUAUUAUCAUGUACUUCUGGACGGUGUUGUGUGUUGCUGAAUGGUGAUCGGCUGCUGCAGCUGCAGUGGCAACAGACAGAUGAGGAGUUACAGAUAUUAUCCUUCUGCAAACUCCAGCUCAGCGACAGCGACGGACAAUCAGCUGCACACCACUGUGUCUGCAGAGAAACCCUGUUCAUCCUCAGCUGCACAGGACUCAUCUCUGUGUGUGAUACCACUGAUGGUCGUCUGCUGGCCAGUAUUGACCUCCCGUCCUACCUGAGGUCUGGCCUGCAAGAGGACGAGCUCACUUCCUCCCCCUCCUCCCCCUCCUCUUCCUCCUCCUCUGCUUCGUCUUCUUCUUUCUGCCUCCUUCAGGUGUCAGCUGAUCUCAGUACAGUUGUAGCUGUCACAGAAUCCCACACUGCGACCGCGGUGGACCUGAAUCACUACUUCAGGUCAUUUCCAGACCAUCUAGUGUGUGCCGUUGCCUCCCCUGCUCCUCCACUCCAGCACCAGGACUCAAGAGACCAGGACGGCGUUUCCAGUUCUAACUAUUGUCUUUCUGCUCUAGGAUUGACCUUCAACGCUGACCGCUCCUGGGAGGCCCGGCUGGCGUCCAUGUACAGCAGAGCCCAGCAGACUGCAGCUCCCUCCUCCUCCUCCCCGUCUCCUGGCACCUCCUGGUCCUCCUCACUUCCCCAUCUGAAGUCCCACCAGGCUCAAGUAUCAGGCUGCAGCAGAGCCCCUCCCAGAGGGUCCACCACCUCAUUCUCUGUCCCCGCGUCAUCCACUCUGUCGUUACUGAAUGUCACCGAAUUCUCUGCCUUGCUCACCUUCGUCUCCCCUAGCAACAGACAGACCACAGUGGCCUUAUGGGACUUGGGGUCUGGAAGUGUGAGCUACCAUCAGGUGGAGGGUGAGGGGGCUCCAGUCCAGCACUGUGGAGAGAAACGGCAUAUACUACUGCUGAAACAGACUGGUAUAUUCCAGGUCUUGUUCUCCAUUACCCAACAGGACUUGCUUAGUAAGUUGAUGUUGUUUGGCAGCGCAGCAACAGUAGAUGCAGUCUGUCACCUGAACAACUGGGGGCGCUGUUCCAUCCCCAUCCAUUCUCUACAGGCUGGGUUGAAGAACCGUCAGCUCGACACAGUGGAAUUCUACCUGAAGAGUAAAGAAAAUGUCCUGGACCCGUCUGAGCAGCCAGCAUCCUCCACACUCACAGAGAGUGUCCAGGAGUUGUGCCCUGCCUUGGAUCUGCUGUGUUCGGCCGUCAGAGACUCACACAGUGAAGCCCAGAGCCGACAGUUCUCAGAACAGCUGCUCAACAUCACCCUGAACUUCGUCAACACACAGAUUCGCUCUGUGCUCUCCAACGCACAUUACGAGGACCCGGGAGUGCAGAGCUGCGUGACCGUUCUGGAUCGGUACCUCACCAAACUGAGGAGCUACAUGAAGAGAUUCCCCUGGGCAGUAAGGAGUGACACCUCCAGCAUGGGCUCUGCUGGGUCUACUCAUGUAGAGGAGGAGGAGGAGGAGGAUGAGUGGGAGCAUCUGCCCACAGAGGACAUAGUCCGCCAGUCCAUCCUGACCAACCAGAUCCCCAGAGCUCAAGCUGUACUGAGGAGGCGGAGCCAACCAGAGCAGCGUCUGUCUGCUCUGAGGAUGGAGGGCUUGCGUCAGGUCUUCUCCUGCCUUCAGCUCAGGGACCUGCAGACCGCCAGCACACUCCUCACCAACAUGGGUUUCAGUGUGAAGAAGCAGCUCCACAGCAUUUGCCUCUACACGGACGAUAAGGACCUCAGAGAGUUUGUGGUGAAGGAGCUUACUAAACAGAGUUAUUUCACUGGAGAGGAGAUGCAGAGUGUUUCAUUCAUCAGGAAGGUGGAGGAACUGGGGUCACAACCAGCUUCCCGCUGUCCAGUGACUACCACAACACAAAGUGCUCUUCAGUUGGUUGCUACGGGCGGGUUCGGUGAGGAGUUGUUGAAGAACGUGGUGGAUCUAAGGAAGCCUGAGGAUGCAGGGCUCUGGAUGAACAUCAAACUGGACUGGGUGAGGAACUGGGACCAGAGCAGCCGCACCGCCGUUCUCCUGUCCAGACUUCAGCACAGAGAGCUGAGUUCCUGUGACUCAGCUGUUUUGUGGAAUUACCUGACUGCCCUCCACGACCAGCGCCAGGUGGUCCAAUGGAUCCAAAACAGUAACUCUGAUGCCCCCGGCUGGCCUGAGUUAACCCCAGAGCUGGUCAAUAACAACACAGCCUGCAGCACCUACAUGAGGGAGAGCAUCCUGGACCUGCUGGCAAGGAGAGGCUUGUUCAUCCCAGAGGAGCUGGCAGUUUUGGAGCAGCUGCUGUGGAGGCUGGCUCAAGGUGGAGGGGUGAUGGCGCCAUCCCCUCCCGUCCCUCAGUACCGCUCCCCCCUCGGCCUGGACCUCCACAGCCUCUUCAUCACCUUCUGUCUGGAGCACGGUUUGCAGUACCUGCUCUACUCCUAUCUGGAGCACUACAGGUUGACGCCCAGAAACUGCCCCCUCCUGUCUAAUCAGAGCCUGUGUGUGAGUCAUCCAUGGUUUGAGAUGCUGGUCAAAAUCCAGGAGAUCACCAGAGAUCUGUCAGAUCCUGGGCUGAUCUUCCAGGCCGGUCUAACCAGCGCUCAGGUGUUGUUACCUGGCAGUCAGGCGUCUCUUAGCAGUCUGCUGUUGGAGGGUCACAGUCUGCUGGUGUUGGCUGCUAUCAUGUUUGCUCCUGGGGGAAUCGACCAGGUCCUGGUUCAGAGUGAAAAAUCAAGCCGGUCAGAGAGAUCAUUAGACCCUCAGCUUCUGAAGAUGGCUCUGGCCCCUCACCCUAAAUUAAAGGCAGCCCUGUUCCCUGCAGGCCCUCGAGGAAACAGCCUUCCUUCUGAUGUCUCGGUCUACCACCUCUUGCAGUCACUUCAUCCUCUGGAUCCGUCCAAACUGUUCGGCUGGCAGACUGCAAACACCCUCAACUCCACUGAAACAUCAGAGCUCCCUCAUUUCUCCAGCCCUCAUCUGGUCAACAGGUUCGCACUAGUGGAGAAUCUGGACUUUUUGUAUUACCUCCGUCAUGGUCGACCGUCUUUCGCCUAUGCGACCUUUCUCGUCCAGCAGAUGAGCAGCUGUAGUGACGUCAGGCUGCUGCUGCAGCAGGUCUGGCAGCAGGUGUACAGGUUGGCCCUGCAGUUGUUUAAUGUUCCAUCUGUGGGGUCAGCAUCUGUCUGUUUCUGUGAGCUGCUCGGGAUUUGCAGCCUCAAGUUGAGAGUCGACAUCAGAGCCAUGAACAUCAUUCUGCAGCACUGGAACCAACAGAACACUGACAGCAGCCCAGCACAACACCUGCACACACUGGUGUCUAAAGGUGUGAAGCUAGUGGAAGCAGAGCCUGGAGCUGCAGAGGAGCUGAUUGGUUUGAUGGAAGCCGCAGUAGCAGACGGCCUGGAGCAGAAAGGAGUCAGCAGGUCAUCCUACGAGGCGGCUCUGGAGUGGGCGUUGCCUGUUCAGUUCUGUCAGAUCCACAAUCUGACACUCAGUUCUGUUUACCCCACCCACUGCGCCAGUGAUGGACAGUUCAUUCAUUUCCUGUUGUUUGUCCAACUGCACAACUUCCCACCACAGCAGGUGAGGUCAUUAGCCACUCAGUUUGGCCCCGCCCUCCAGGCCCACCUGAGCCUGGCCUUUCAGGACAUACAGGUGUACAGCCAGAGGAGCACAGGUCCUGAGGAGCAGAUAGGGUCUCUGACUAAUGAAGAAGCCCCUGGCAACUCGGCGCACCCCAGGGAGCUGUUCCAGGUCCUUCUGCGUAGUCAGGAGGAGGUGGUACCCCCCAGGUAUCUCCUGCAGGAGGCAUUGGUGCAACACUGCCCGACACUGGCUGUGCUGGCUGCCUGUCACCAGGGGGUGGAGCUGCUGUCAUGCCUCUGUGUGUGGGUACUGACCUCCGUCGAUGACGCCACAGUCGAGGAGGCCACCACUCACUUGGACGAAGCCCCCCAGCACCACGACUGGACCUUACAUGACCUGUCAAUCAUCUGGAGGACCCUCCUGAGCCGGGGCCACAUCAGACCGUUACUGCGAAGCUUUGAGCUCUUUCAGAGGGACUGUCCUCUGGUUUUGGUGCUGAGGAUGUUUGAGUUAUGCUGUGACUACAGGAACUUCUCUGAGGCUAAAGCGAAGUUGUUGGACUUCCAGAGGACACUCAUUGCUCUCAGAAACAGUAGCCCACCGCCCCCUGGUGGUCUUCCUCUGCAGUGGGUGGAGAGCCAGGCCUCUGUGCUCCUCCUCACUAUGCUGCAGCGUUGCUCCUCUCAGUACGACCUCCACCGUCUGCUGCAGCUCCUGGCAGAUGUGGAUAAGUUCCUAAAAUCAAAUGGUCCAGACUUCAGGAAGCUCAGUCAGCUCAGUCAGCUGCUGCAGGGAUCAGAUGUCACCCUGUCUACACGGCUGCUGCACAGCACUUCUACGUCGGUCCAACAGGAGGAAUUCCAGGCCGCAGUGGACGCUCUGCAGGCCAGGGGGCGCUACACUCAGGCCAGGCAGGUGGCCCUGUUGGCCGGUCUGCCUGUCCACCGUCUGCUGCUCAGCCAGCUUCUACAGGAGGUAAACUCCCAGAAGGCCAAGCGGCAGUGGAAGAGGUUGGAGACACGAGUCACUUUCUGGAAGCGGUGUCAUGACCAGCUAACAGCCGACUGCACUGAUCCAGAAUCUGCGUCCCAGUUUUUCCUGUCACAGGCUGAAACCAGGACCACGGACCGGUCAGAGGAUCAGACGGAGCUGCUGGACGUGCAGGAACACUGUCUGCUGCUCGGACUCGCUUCUCACUGGCUCUCACAGCUGAGCCCGACUCCAGUGUCCACCCUGGAGAGUCUGGAGAAAAAGCUGUGGGUCAGCAGAGUCCGCCAACACAUCCUGAUGGUCGCCAUGGAGAAGGAGAGCGUGUUUAAUUUGCCACCGCCGACCGUCACGUCUGAGAUGAACACGUAUGAAGCGCUCAUGAAGGAGUUCUCUUUCUCCAAUAUUUCAGGCCUGAACACCGUGACCUGUCUUAGUCUUGAUGGGCUCCCAGGUCCAUCUGAGGACCAGGAGGAGCUGAAUGUUGACCCUGUGUUGAGUUCAGAGGAGAGGAGGGUUCUGGCUCUUCUGAUUGGUCAGUUAUUGGAUGAGGGCGGUAUCCAUGAAGCCAGCCGGGCCUGCCGUUAUUUCUGUCUGUAUCAUCCAGACGUGUGGGUGGUGCUGCGCUGCCGAGGUCUGGCGUCUGGAGAACUGAGUCCAGAACCGCAAGAAGAUGCAUCAGAAGCGGCAUCAGUGAAGGGCAUCAAAAGCUCUACCUCAUUCAGCAGCCUGUCAUCUUUUAUCAUGUUUCCUCUACCUGAGGACGAGGUUGCCAUCUGUCUUCAGAGACUGGUGGACCAGUGUCGUCAUGGUGGAAACUACUGCAAACAAGUCCUCAGCCUCUACCAGCUUUCUAAGGAGCUGCAGUGUUCCUUCAGUCAGAUCUGCAGUGAGGAACCCCGCUCCAUCCUGGAGAAGCUGCUGCUGUCCGACCAACCAGAGCGCUUCAGGAAGGCUCAGGCCCUGAUCAAAGCUCAAGGCCUCAGCGCAGACACUGUGUCCGAGCUCAUCUCCUCAGCUGUCGUCCAGGCGCUGCUGGCCUCCACACAGGAGCUGCAACCUGAGAGGCAGGUGUAUAGGCCGUCAGAGGGGCGGGACACGCUAAUGCAGCUGAUCAAACUCUGUGAAGACCCCAACCUGGUUGGAGUCAAAUUACUGGAAAACCUGAACACAGUUCCUCUGAGAGACCUGAGCUGCAUCGUGGAGCUGCUGAUUGUCACCCAUGACUGUUUUAGCCUCACUUGUAACAUGGAGGGGAUCGUCAGGGUCCUGCAGGCUGCCCGUCACCUCAGCCACACCUACCUCGCCCCAGGAGAACAUUACAGUCUGUUGGUGCGACUGCUAACGGGUAUCGGCCGGUAUAAUGAGAUGACGUACAUCUUUGACCUGCUGCAUCAGAACCAUCGUUUUGAGAUGCUGUUGAGGAAGAAGAUGGACACGGACAGAGGACAGAGCUCCAGUCUGAAGACGGCUCUGCUGGAUUACCUUAAGCGCUGCCUCCCUGCAGACAGCGAAAAACACAAUAUGGUGGCGCUGUGCUUCAGCAUGAGGAGAGAGAUCGGAGAAAACCAUGAGAUGGCUGCGAGAACACAACUGAAGAUUAUUGAGUCUCAGGACUGGGUUGUGACUCCGGAUCUGAAGAGUUUGUUGGUGAAGGUUUUGGGUUUGUUGAAGGACGCUGCAGAGAGCUACUCUAAGGACUCAUGUGUACGUCAGGCGACUCGCUGCGUUCGGACCGCAAAGCUCGUAGCUUUACAGCUCCACUUCCUGAACCAGGGCUCAAACCUGCGACUCAUCAACCUGCGACCUGCAGAUCUGCUGAACGCUGUCAUUGCACUGCCACGAUGCUACCAGGUGUUUGUGGUUUCGGAGGCGUACAGCUACAGUCCAGACUGGGCAGAGAUUUUGUACCAGAAAGUGAUUCUGAAUGGAGAUUUUGUUUACCUGGAGGAGCUCAAACGCCACCGGCCACUGACUUCAAGCUUAUUUGAAGACAUUUUCAAGAAGCUGGACGGGACUCCUAGUAAAGUCACUGCCAAUGUGAAGCGCCUCCUGACGCACUGCGACGAUGUUUACAGCCGCUACAGACUGGCCUAUCAGCAGAAUCUGUACGACGUCACCAAAGCUAUGCUGCAAGAUGCCAAGACGUCCAGCUAUUUGAAUGACAGGCUGGCCAGCUGAUCAGCUGAACGACCGACUGACUGGACUGAUGUUUAAUCAACUGACUGACCGACUACUCAGAUGAACACCGUAACCAAUAACUAAAAUACCUUUAAUCAUAAUUAGGACUGUGUGGUAGGACCAAAAUCACACACCCUGGUAUCUAUUUUGUGUAAAAUGAAUGAAUAAAUACUUUAUAAAAAAUGAGCACA